AUGUUUGAUGGCGUCUCCCGCACUGUCUUGGGCGUAGACCAGUUGUGGUUUGAUGAAGGUGCAGCCAUGCUGGCAGUGGCCUUGCCACAAGAGAGAGUUGCAUUGCUAUUGAGGUCUCGCAUUCUGAACUUUACCUUCCAGGGGCAAUCUGGAGAUUGGGAACAGUGUUAUCAAGGAACUUUGACUGAGGGGCGCUUUGUCCGCAAGAGGAUUAACCCCCAGACCCUCUUUGGUGUGGCGUUCUACAGAAUAGGUAUGGCACAACCCCCUACCGCAUUCCGGCACUGUGGCAUUGCUUUGUCAAACGCUGAUCAUAUCGGAGGCAUCCUUACCGUUCUCCGCAAUGCCCUUGGUAUUCCCCCUGCCCACCAAUGCUCCCCCGCCCCACCGCUCCCCACCAUACCGACGAUCGAGAUCUAUGGGCCACGCGGACUGCGCCGCUUCGUCCGCCUGCAGAUGCGCCUCACGCACUCUCACACGGCGACGCGCUACGCCGUGCACGAGCUCCUCGCGCCCGGAGAGACGCAGUCCGUCCUCGCUGGGGCGGGUACGAGGACAGAGGAUGGCGACGGCGAUGAUAUCCCGCUGGAGAACGAGGCGUUGGGACAGGACGUCCUAUGUGGUCCGGACGGCUUCUGGCGCGGGAUCGCAAGUGACGCUGUCGCUGGUGGGUUGAAGAGCGGAGGGCGGGUCGUUGUGGAUGCUGGUCCAAUUCAGCACCGAGAUCCAUGUAUUGGCUACAUUUUUCGCGAAGUGCCCCAUCUACCCUUCCAUCUGAGGGCACCUCAGCCACGUACGCUCGUGAUCCUGGGCGACACCUACGAUCCCUCCGCGAUCGUUCCGCUCAUCGAAUCACCAGACGUACUGUCCUCGCAACCUACAGACAUGGUGAUAGAUACGAACGUCCCGGCGGCAGCACCGCCCACGGUCUCGCUACUCGUGCAUGAGGCAACGGACUCAUAUAUACCGUCGUCGAUAGACCCGCAGGGACGCACAGGGCGGAACCGGUCCGAGGCGAGCGUGUUCAAGAAGACGCUCGAGCGGGGGCAUAGCACGCCCGAGAUGGCGGGUGCGUUCGCGCGGCGCAUCGGCGCACUGAGGGUCGUGCUAAACCAUAUUGGUGCUCGGUUUCCGGCACCCGACCACUCAGGCUCGUAUGCGGACAAGUUCCGUCGGGCGACAAUGCGCGAGAUCGAGCGGCAGGCGACGGAGGCGUGGCAGCCGCCACAGGACGUGUACGCGCAGGCGGCGUUCGACUUCAUGCGCGUUGUCCUUCCUCCGCAUUUCCGGAAAAUAGCGCACGUGUCCGAAAGCCAUUCGUCAUAUGCUGAUGUAGCUAUUGCAGAAGUGGAGACCACGUGGCAGCAGAGAACGGAAAGCGGAGGAGAGGUGAAAAAAGCGCAAGGCGGUAUGAGCAUGGAGGAAGUAGAGGACCGGGUGGUUCUGGGCAUAGGAGCGACUCACGACAGAGGGGAGUCGAUGAUAAUGGAAGGCGAUCUGUGA